AUGUUCGACCCCGACACAAAAGAGCAGAUCAAGACCUCCUACGAGAAUUUCCAGCUGUCUCGCAAGAAGUUCGCCAAUCGGCCAUGUCUCGGGUUCAGACCUAUCGCGGCAGAUGGCACUGCCGGGCCCUAUGUCUGGAGCACUUACGAGCAGAUCGGCAAGAGGGCAGACAACUUCGGAGCUGGUCUUGUGAAUUUGGAGCUCUGCCCCUCGAAGCCGGAUCCGGAGGUUAAGGACCGUGGCAUGCUGGGGUUCUACUCAAAGAAUCGGCUGGAGUGGGUUGUGGCAGAGCAGGCUUGCUUCACGCAGUCGAUCGUGACGGUUCCCAUGUACGACACCCUCGGUGCUGACAGUGUGGCCUAUGUCAUCAAGCAGUGCAGCCUCAAGUCAGUGAUUUGUGCUGCAGCCGUUUUGGAGAACGUCUUGGAUUGCAAGCCCGACUGCCCCACACUGGAGUGUGUGAUCCUUAUGGAACCCCUUACGGAAGACCUCCGAAGCAAGGCUUCCUCAGCGGGCUUGAAAGCCUUCAGUAUGGAAGAGGUGGAAAAGGUUGGUGCUGAAAAGCCACUGCCACACCUGGCGCCCUCCCCGCAGGACAUCCUGACCUUUUGCUACACUUCUGGUACGACGGGUGACCCGAAAGGGGUGCUUCUGACGCAUCAGAAUAUCUGUUCGGCCUGGUCUGCAGCAAGUGGUCGGGAUGCAUUGAAAGCUGGCGACGGCGACGUUCACAUGUCCUACUUGCCGCUCCCGCACAUCUUCGAGCGCCUCGUGCAGUUCGGUGUCAUACUUGGCGGGGCAGCUAUCGGCUUCUACCAGGGUGACACUUUGAAGAUCGUGGAAGAUCUGCAGGCCUUACGACCGACCUUCUUCCCAUCGGUGCCUCGGCUCCUGAACCGAGUACAUGACAGGCUGAUCGCCGGGAUAAACGAAGCUGGUGGCCUGAAGAAGGCCCUUUUUGAGCGCGCCUUUGCUGCCAAGAAGGGGAUGCUUCCGCAAGGAAAGAACACCCACCCGCUAUGGGACAGGAUCAUUUUCAAGAAGAUCGCAGAGAAGGUGGGCCUGGAGCGAGUCCGCCUCAUCGUCACCGGGAGCGCACCCAUUGCCGACAAUGUUUUGGACUUUAUCCGAAUUGUUUUCUGCUGCCCCGUCUUAGAAGGUUACGGCCUUUCAGAGACGGCUGCAGGAGGCACCAUUACGGCCGACCAAGACAUGAUACCCGGUACAGUUGGCGCCGUCACUGCCUGCAACGAGAUUCGGUUGAAGGACGUGCCGGACAUGGGCUAUCUCCGCACGGACCAGGUGCACAAGAUUGGUUCCAAGACCAUCCCAUGCUGUGGUCGUGGAGAGAUCUGCCUGAAGGGCCUCAACAUCUUCCAAGGCUACUACAAGAUGCCGGACAAGACUGCAGAGGCGAUCGAUGCAGAUGGCUGGUUCCAUUCUGGGGACAUCGGGAUGUGGACGCCUGACGGGAGGCUCAAGAUCAUCGAUAGGAAGAAGAACAUCUUCAAGCUUGCCCAAGGCUCCCGAAUGGAUGGGUGUGCAAAAUAUAAGAUCUACUCAACAUGUCGAAAGUGUAGUCAUACACCGUGUCCAGAGGUAGCAGUGGUGAGAUGUUGA